ACAUUAACCAUGGUCGUCCGCAUCCGCCUCGCUCGCUGGGGAGCCAGUCAUAAUCCCUUCUACGGUAUUGUCGUAGCGAACCACAGAGCCCCCCGCGAUGGUAAACACCUCGAACGAGUCGGAACCUAUAAUGUCAUCCCCGACGAGCGAGGGAUUAAGCGUAUUGAACUGAAUGUCGAGAGGAUAAAGUAUUGGUUGGGUGUGGGUGCUCAGCCUACGGAACGGGUUGCAUGGUUGCUUUCAAAGAUCGACCUAGUGCCCCCAACUCCUCAGCAGCUGCAGAAUCAGGGUUUCCUCUCCCUGAACGAUAGCAAAACGUGGGAUGUGGAAAUCCGUGAUGCCGAGGGCAAAACACUAAGCAGACUCUCCCCGGAGGAGGCUAGAAACGCACUUGCAAACUCGCCACUAGGGGACCGAUUGCCUCAAGAUACGUCAUCAGAACCACCAGAAAAGAGUCGGGUGAUUUACGAGAACAUUAAACUGGACGGGAGACCACCAAAGGCGCCACUGACGGCGGAAGAAAGGUUGAAGGUGCUGCAGGAAAUUACAGGCAUUAUUUAAAUCACAGGGUCAAUCAUCGUGUCAUAUAGAGGAAACACUCCAAUUGUAAUUAUAUGUAUGGUAUUCCAAACUCGAGCUUAUACUACAAACAAAACUUUCAAACAUACGGAGCACAGGACCGUACUUUCAAGUGUGUUAAUAAUCUACAUUUAUACGUAACC